AUGCCACCUCAAAUACUAAAAACCGAAUAUCCACCUAUUGAUACAGACCCACAUUUUAAUCGUGUUGUUAGAUAUUUUCGACCUUCAGAUUAUGCAUCUUGGGCGGCGAUGACUGAAAAAACUGCUAACCAACCUCCUACACCAAGAAUUGGUUUUGCUUUAAAGCUUUGUGCCUUUGUUGGUUUUACAGGUGGAUUUUUGUUUGCUUAUCAACGUAGUAGUUAUAGAUUUUGGGGAUGGACUGAGAAUUCUCGUGAAUAUGAAAAAGAUUUAAGAGAGAUGAGGCAAAGGGUGAAAGAAGGAAAACCAUUAUAUGGAGAAUCUUCAUUAGAUGAUCAUCUUCAACAAUAUGCAUCUAGAUUUUCUAGAUAUGCUGCAUUGAAUUUUGUUGCAUAUCCAGUAUUCAAUUUUGUAAAUCAUAAUUAUCAUGGAGUUGAUACUAGUAGAUAUUAUGAAGGGAUUGAAGAAGAGAAAGAAUUUGAAGCAGAAGAAAAAAUAACAGAUCAAACUUAUUAA